GCAGGGGGCGGGGCCGCGGCGCGCCACCGGAGGAGGAAGUGGUGCGGUUGUUGCUCCCCGAGCGCGGAGAGGGCAGCUGCCGCCGCCGCCGCGUCGCCCUCUCUGCUGCGGUUCCUCUCCAUGUGCCCCGGCGCCGUCGCUCCACUUCCUCAGGCCGCCGCUUGCCCCGGGGUCUAUGGAAGUAAUGGAAGGACCCCUCAACCUGGCUCAUCAACAGAGCAGACGAGCAGAUCGUUUAUUAGCUGCAGGGAAAUACGAAGAGGCGAUUUCUUGUCAUAAAAAGGCUUCAGCAUAUCUUUCUGAAGCCAUGAAGCUCACACAAUCUGAGCAGGCUCACCUGUCACUGGAAUUGCAAAGGGAUAGCCACAUGAAACAGCUCCUCCUCAUCCAGGAGAGAUGGAAAAGGGCAAAGCGGGAGGAAAGAUUGAAAGCCCAGCAGAGCACAGACAAAGAGGCAGCUGCUCCGCUGCAGGCAUCUCACAGACCCUCCUCCGAGGAGGCCGAGGGCCAGAGUCCCCUCCUCUCCGAGAAAUACAGCCCUUCCACUGAGAAACAUCUGCCUGAAAUUCAGGGGGUCUUUGACAGGGAUCCAGACACACUACUGUUUCUACUCCAGCAGAAGAGGGAGCCAGCAGAGCCAUGCAUUGGAAGCAAAGCCCCCAAAGAUGAUAAGACCAUUAUAGAGGAGCAGGCAACCAAGAUCGCAGACUUGAAGAGGCACGUGGAAUUCCUUGUGGCUGAGAAUGAAAGAUUAAGGAAAGAAAACAAACAGCUAAAGGCCGAAAAGGCCAGACUUCUGAAAGGCCCAGUAGACAAAGAGCUGGAUGUUGAUGCUGAUUUUGUAGAAAAGUCUGAGCUGUGGAGCUUGCCGCCACAUUCCGAGACUGCUGCGGCCUCCUCCACCUGGCAGAAGUUUGCCUCGAGUACUGGGAAAGCCAAGGACAUCCCCAUACCCAAUCUUCCUCCCUUGGAUUUUCCCUCUCCGGAACUUCCCCUUAUGGAGCUCUCUGAGGAUAUUCUGAAAGGCUUUAUGAGUAAUUGAAGUGGAAGGCCAUGAAAGAGCUGAGAAGACAAGACAAAAGAAUAGAGUAAUACAGUUCAUCCAGAAAAAAAAAGGGAAAACCACACAGAGGAUAAUGGCAGAGAUGCUCUGUCCCCUGGCGUGCCGUGGGAGCAGCACGCCGGGACCUGGGAAAUGCUCACUGUGAAAUGUGUCCCGUCUGACCGAGCACGCAAGCUGAUGAUUCCAGAUUGGGCAGACGCUAGACUCUCGGAGGUUCACUUUCUCCUGAUACAAACCAAAUGGCUACCUGGAAUAAUUUUUCAAGCAACAGUUAUUUUUCUUAUCUUCAGGGUUAAAAUGUAUAAAAGUAUGUUAUGUAUAAUUAAUCUAUAAUGCCAUAAAUGAUAAUGCAAAACCUAAAUAAUACAGUGGCCUGAGGGGCCACCUUGUAUUGGAGACAUGCUUUCUAUCAUGCAUUGACUGUAUGCAUUUUGUUAUGCACAUUUCGUUUGUUUAAUAAGGUGUGUGAGAUGCACCUUUCCAGAUGAAACUCUGUGUGCCACACUUUGCACUACUCAUGACAUAAUGAGAACCUCAAGACUAUCAGGAGAAAUAUUUAAAUUUCCAUUUUAUGAAGAAAGGAACCAAAUUAUUAGUUACGCUUUCUUUUUUUAAAUUACCAGUUUACAUAAUUAAUCAGGGUGCAUUUUAAGUUCUAACUUUUUUGUUUAUUGUUUAAAUGUAUCAUUUGAAAAUACUAAGGAAAUAUCCUUUUCUUUACUGAUGCAUGAGUGGAAGUAAUGGUAGUUGGCAGUGUUUGAUUGUAAGAAGUCAAUAAAAUAAUUGUGUUUUAUACCUU